AUGUCCCAUUAUGACUCCAAGUCUUUUCAUAACUUGAGGGAACUAAAUGGCUUCCCCCGCACGCCUAGGAAAACGACACCUGUUCAGAUAAAGGAGUUUGGUGCAGUAAAUAAAAUCGACUUCUCCCAGGUUCCUCCGUAUAACUAUGCUGUCUCAGCCUCCUCAAGGAUCCACAUUUACGGUCGUUACUCUCAGGAACCAAUCAAAACGUUUUCUCGCUUCAAAGAUGCUGCUUAUUGUGCCACAUACAGAGAUGAUGGCAAUCUGCUUGUUGCUGGCAGCGAGGAAGGUAGCAUUCGCCUCUUUGACAUUAGUGGAAAAGCACCACUGAGACAAUUUGAUGGUCAUACUAAAGCCGUUCAUGUAGUGGGCUUCCUGUCUGAUAAAUACCGAAUAUUUUCUGGUGGUGAUGAUUAUUCAUCAAAUCUGUGGGAUAUUCCGAGUGCUACAGAAAUCGUCUCAUACAGUGAACAUACUGACUAUGUGAGAUGCGGCUGUGCCAGUAAAGUGAAUGCAGAUGUCUUUAUAACAGGUUCCUAUGAUCACACUGUGAAACUGUUUGAUGCACGAACAAAAAGGAGCGUCAUGACAAUAGAACACGGCCAGCCUGUGGAGAGUGUGCUUUUAUUCCCGUCUGGUGGUCUUCUAGUAUCUGCAGGAGGUCGAUAUGUCAAAGUUUGGGAUGUACUAAAAGGUGGACAAUUACUGGUUUCACUUAAAAAUCACCAUAAAACUGUAACUUGCUUAUGCCUGAACAGCUCUGGACAAAGGUUAUUGUCAGGAUCCCUGGACAGGCAUGUGAAGAUUUACAGUACUACAUCCUACAAAGUAGUCCACAGCUUUAACUAUGCAACAUCCAUCCUCAGUCUUGCGUUGUCGCCUGAAGAUGAAACCAUAGUUGUAGGCAUGACCAAUGGGGUGCUAAAUGUUAAACACAGAAAACCUGAAGAAAGGAAAGAAAAGUCUCAAAAGAAGAGACAACCAGCGUAUAGAACCUAUGUGAAAGGAAGAACUUACAUGCCAAAACAGGAAGAUUUCUGUGUCAGUAAACCCGUAAAACGUGUUUUGAGGAAAUACGACAAGCUGCUGAAGAGCUUUCAGUCCUCCAAGGCCCUUGAUGCGGUACUGGAGCCACCCAUCAGGCUUUAUACUCCUGAAGUUACAGUUGCAGUCAUGCAGGAACUACAUCGCAGAGGAACACUGAGAAGUGCGCUUGCAGGCCGAGAUGAGAAGCAAGUUAAUCUCCUUCUUACCUUUGUGGCAAGGCGUGUGACUGAACCUAGGUUUACUCCUGUACUGGUGACUGUUGCAGAUAUGAUCACUGACAUUUACCAGCCUGUGGUUGGGCAGUCAGCGAUUGUUGAUAGGCAAUUCUUGAGACUUCAGGAAGCCA